GAGAGAGAGAGAUAGAUGGAGAGAGAGCGAGGUACAGACACACAGACAGACAGACAGACGGAAAUCCGGAUAAGAGGGGCACAAGAACCGGAUCCGCUGUAACGUCACUCAAAAAUUCGGAUAACUGAAAAAAGAAUAAAUAAAACAAGAUUAAAUUUUCAACUUAUACGCAAAAACAAAUAAACAAACCAAGCGUCCGGAUAAAUGAACAAAAAUAUUAACUUAUCCGGACACUUACCGGCAUUUCUAGCUACUAAACCGUCCUUAACCGAAGUAGCCUUUAAAACCUUCCUAUUAUACGAAUCAAAACAUCAAAACCUUCCCUCUUAUCCGAAUUUAUCUCUAAAAAGCCUCUCAGUUAUCCGGAAAAACCGCAAAAGAGCCUCAAGUUAUCCGGACAAGCCUUGGAACGCCCUCGGUUAACCGGACCCGGAUUUUCUCGUUUAACCGGACAAAAAUCACCAAUCUGGAUCCAGCGCAGCGCUUUUUGGAGACCGGCCAGAUGCACGAUAUCAUCAAAAUGUGCAGCAGUUUCGACGGCGCUAAAUCCACAAAAGGCGCGUCUAAGAUGAGAAGGGAUCUACUUAACGCCGAGAUCUGUCAACUGCGAGAUCUCCUACCGCUGCCACCAUCUACGCGCCAACGCCUGUCCCAGCUGCAGCUCAUGGCCCUCGUCUGCGUCUACGUCAGGAAGAGUAACUACUUCCAGCAAGCAAUGAAGGUGAGGUCAGAGGGUGACCCGCGCGCUGACCCCCCUAACUUGGAAUUUCUGAAGACAUCGCUUGCUCCAUUCUUCGCACAGGCACUCAGCGGCUUCAUCAUGAUGCUGACACAGGGCGGCAAGCUCCUCUACAUCUCGGACAACGCCGCAGAGUACUUGGGUCACUCCAUGGAGGACCUGCUGAUCCACGGGGACAGCGUGUACGACAUCAUUGACAAGCAGGACCACGCCGCCGUGCAGGCCGAGCUGGUGCGCGCCGCGGCGGCCUCGCAGCAGCACCACCACCACCACCACCACGCCCACCACCACCACCAGGGCGGUGGCGGCGGCGGAGGCGUGGGUGUGGGGGCGGGGGUGGGGCUGGGUCUGGGUCUGGGCGAGGACCACCGGCUGUUCCUGUGUCGCAUGAACGUGUCCCGCAACGCGCGGCGUCAGAUGCGGUUCGGGGACCAGAAGGUGGUGCUGGUGGCGGGCCACUACCUGUCCUACCUGCCGCUGUGCUCGCGCAACGAGCCCGUCUUCCUGGCGCACUGCACGCCCGUGGCCAUGCCGGAGACGCGCGAGAGCGUCGUGCAGGGCGCCACCAACGUCUUCACCUCCGUGCACACGCUCGACAUGAAGUUCAUCUCGCUCGACAGGAACGGGGAGUUCCACCUGGGGUACACGCGGGAGUCGCUGUCCGGGGUGUCGUGGUACCAGCUGGUGCAUCCUGACCACCUGCAGGAGGCACAGGCCAAACACCGCCUCAUCACCACGAGCGAGCAGGACCGCGCGUGCAUCCUGCUGGUGCGGCUGCAGGCGGCGGGAGGCACGUGGCGCUGGGUGCACUGCGUCCUGCAGGUGAAGGACGCCACCGACUCCACCCACACGCAGCCAGCGGCAAGCGGCGCCGGCGGCGGAGGCGUUGGUGGUGGAAGGAGGAGGCGGCGGGGGCAGCCAGACUCAACAGACACAGCAGACACAGCAGCAGGCGACGCAGCAGCAGCAGCAGCAGCAGCAGCAGCACCAGUGAUCGUGGCCACCAACCAGGUGGUGGGAGAGCGCGAGGCGGCGGUGCUGCGCGCCAACGCCUGGCUCUACCACUACUACACCGUGCACUCCAAGCUGCAGUACGGCCUCGCCUACGACGCCGCCGCCGCCCACGCCGCCGCGCACGCCGCCGCCACCGCCCACCGCGUGCACGCCUACUACCCGCCCGUCGUCACCUACCAGGGCGACGCCGCCGCCGCCGCCGCCGCCGCCGCCGCCGCCGCCGCGCCCUACGUGGCCAACACCUCUCUGCCGCGGCCCACCUACCCGCAGCCCUACGCCGCCACGCCCGCCGCGGCGCCGCACCCGCUGUCCUCAGCCUAUGCCGCGGCGCAGCUGCAGCACUACCAUCAUCACCACCACCACCACCACCACUACUCAUCACGCCAGCAGCAGCAGCAGCAGCAACACCAGCACCAGCACCAGCAGCAGCACCACCACCACCACCCACAGACGCCGGCGCCAGGCGGCCUCGACUACCCCAGGGACGGCGCCCCCGCCUGGGGCUCUCCCGACGCGCCUGCACACACGCACGCCCACGCUGCUACCCUCGCGCCCGCACCAGCGCACCGCCCGGGCAAGAAGGGCUCCUCGCCCCUCACCUCGCCUCGCCGCUCGCCGCUCACGCCCGUGGCGGCGGCGGUGCCGGAGGGCGGCGGUGGCGUGGCGGUGGCUGCGCCCGUGGCGGUGCGAGCGGCGUCACGCGGGACACACAAGGGCGCGGCGUCGCCGGAGCCGAGGCCCGAGGCGCCCUGGAAGGCGUCGCCCACACAGGAGGUGCCAGAGUACCCGGACUUCUCCUACGUCACGCCGCCCUACCCCGCCGCCGCCACGCCCACGCCCACGCCCGCACACACGCCCACGCACACCAACACCAAGCUGCACGCCUUCACAUUCGACGCCGCGCAUGAUCACCACGUGCCCGCCGGCCCGCACGACGCAUGGUACUCACACACCUUCGUCAGGUAGCCUGCGCCGUCACCGCCGCCACACCACCACUACACCACAUCACACGCCACCACACUGCACCUCCACCACCACACCGCCACAACACCACACCACACCACCGCUACCGCCACCACCACCACCACCACG